AUGGGGAGAUCAGAAUUUAUGGGAGGCUCAUUGUCCUUCAAGGGGGAUAAAAAGAAGGCAAAGAAGAAGAUGAAAAAAUCGAAGCGCAAGAUUGAUGAUCGUAAAGAACAAGAAUCGAAAAUUAAGGGUGAUGUUUUGGAGGACGAGGAAGACCUAACGGAGGCAGAGAAAAGAGCACGGAAAUUCAAGCUUGAACGGCAAAGGCAAGAGAGUGAAAAGAUUGCGCAAAAAUCGCAUCGAGAAAGAGUUGAAGAACUAAAUGAGAAGCUUGGGUCUCUGACAGAACACAACGACAUUCCUCGUGUCAGUGCUGCAGGAAAUGGAUAG